AUGGCAGACUGCCCCUUCGCUAGUUGCCCCACUGAGAUCGUUCAAUCGAUAUUAACGUAUCUGGGUUACACAUCUCCAGCUAGCAUACGUGCGCUAGCCUACACAAGCAAGGACUUCUUGUUUUUGUCUUCACCUUUCAUUUUUCAUACUGUCAAGAUUCAACUGGACCGAGAGGACAAAGAGAGUAUUUGGAAACAAACCGACCAGCUGUCUAGGAAGUUGAAAUGGGUGAAUGCCUUUUCUCAAGUACGAUGCCUGAUUAUUGAGUCUUCACGAUACGAGAGAAAUUCCAACCGCGCCUUACCGACACUGAGUAAGCGGGACGUUGAUGCCCUACGACAAUAUGCUCUCGACACUCCCUUGGUAUCCCACCGAGCCACCGUUCAAUAUCCCACCACAACACAAGAGACAGACGACAUGUGGUUACCAAUAGCAAACCUCCUCAGAAAAUUGCCCUCAUUGAACGACUUGUUGUACGAUGGUAUGCAUCAGCUUGCCCCAUGCAUGCUCGAGGCCAUCAACGAGGAUUCCUCCAGUUGUCGACUUUGGAUGAACAGAUUCAAGCUGCAUAGCUUGGGAGCAGAACAAAUUGACCCACACGAAGUCGCUUUGCUCUCGUCACCUCGCCUUUAUAGCAUAAAAUUCGAUGACUCCAUAUACCAUAGGGGUAACGCUUCGGGGGGUAACUACUACCUUGGAGAAGAAAACAAACAAGACGAGGAGGUUCUCUAUCGUACUGUCGCCAGCCUGUCACCGUUUCUAAAAGAAGUGCACUCGUGUCAUCAUGGCGACCAGCCUUACUCCCCCACAGAUGAGUCAAGCGAGUUACAGAAUCGGAUCAGCAGUCAAACGAUACGGAGCUCUCUUCACUACCUCAGUAUCUGUGGAGGUGAAAAUAAAAGCAUCAAGAAGGAGACAAUGACCAUGUGGAACGACUGUACUGAUUUCUCCACAAUUCGCACCCUUCGAAUUACAAGUCCUCUUCGCUACCAGGCCUUGGAAUUUCUAGCCAACGACUGCAGCUUUGAGACUCUUCAAUCACUAGAACUGAGCCUAUCCCUGUUCGCUACUCGCCUCGCAUGGCGCCUCGGCCAAUCCGAUACUCCCGAAGCCCGCUUCCUUUGCAGCCUCCGCCCUCUAACCAACCUGACCAUUCACGACUGGACUAACAAAUAUCCUCUCGAAUGCUUUCUGCCACACCAUGGUGGCAACUUAACAAAGCUUGUCAUCUCAACUGGCAAGAAUACGCACCUCUUACCAUCUGAUCUGAAACAAAUCAGCGAAUAUUGUCCAAAUCUUCAAGAACUCGAAAUCACCCUACCUCGCACCCAAGGAUAUGCCAGCGAAGUGGAAUCCUAUCGCAAUCUCGGCAGGCUCCCACGGCUUCAGAGCCUGACCAUCAGGCUGGACCUGAUGACUAUCAAGCUACGAAACUCAAACUACGGCGGCACGGAGACACCCACCGGUUCCAAGUGUGUUAUCACCGCUCCUGAUGCAUUGUUUGAUGAAUUCGAUUUGAAACCUUGCAUGAGGCUAGCAAAGCCGGCCCCUAGUGGACCUCUUUACUGCAACGGCGACAUUCGUGAGAUGUUGAUCAACAAUGCCAUGGACGAAAACCUGGCCAAAGCUAUAUUCGAAAUCAUUCAAAGCCAAAAAGAGCCCGGUACUAAGCCCCUUCAAUCUUUAAAUCUCUCGUGUGUCGGAGGAGUUAAUUUGAAGAAAAAUUCUAUGGGCGGGUUGUGGUAUUUUCCACCUCAAGAGGUAUAUUCUGCUCUGAAACGAUCAUGGCGAGUCACUCGUCUUUCGAAGGGUGGACUGGAAGCGGAAGAAAUUUGCACUUCUUCAAUGAAGGCUAAAAUUGGUGAAUCAGGAAGUGACUGGUUCAGUGGUUGGCAUAGUCUUCCUCUUGAUACCAUUUGA